UCCUCUCUUCUUUUUGCCAGCUGAGUUUCCUCAUUUAAUGGGUAACGCAGGGAUUUUACCGCCAUUACGUACUGUGCUCUCCAACCAACCAACCACCUUUUUAGUUCGCUCCCGACACAAGGACUGUGUGCCCUGUGACCAGGCUGAGCCCCCCAAAAAAGAAAAGUCGCACUGCUAAUUGCUUCAAAGGAAUUUAACAGAAAACAUCGUCGUGCUACUAGCAUUUAUACCAGUGUAGCUCUUGAGUCUUGAAUCGAAUUUCAACGUUAGUCCAAGCAACAUGAGAAUGCACGGAUUUUCAAAGUUUCUAGCUCCUAUACUACUGGUUGUGUUAACUGUAGUGAUAGCCGACGACGGAACAUCACACGAUGCGAAUCUCUAUCAGUUUCUCGACUUUACGCGAGUGGAAAACAGCCAGAAGAACGAGAAUCGUCAUUUCAAAUGGUUUGGUAAACUUCGACGAUCGAAUAAGAACCAAAAAUCAGUCGAACAAGUUAGCAGUCAGCCCGAAGAUGAGCAAUACGAGUCAGUCCCCAAACGUCCGCUUUUGCAAGCAGCUUUCAAAAUGGUGCCACUCAGCUUUCAUAAGCCUGGCAAAAAGUCGAAAGAAUCAACCUACAUUGUACUGCCACCACUGCCUACCACCAACCAGGCGAAAUCAGUUGGCUCGCAAGGGCCGCAUCAUCCAAUUUACAUAAGUAAGCAAGACACUGCCUUCCACCAACCUGGGCCACCGUAUAGUCAGACCCAACCAGCCCCAACAGGUCCAGCUCAGAAUACUCAGCCCAGCUCUUUUCCUCCCCAGCAAACACCCAGCUACGAAGCUCCCCCAAAUUCCCCAGUGUCACCGAAUGCGGAAAGCGAAUACCAUGAGGAUGCUGUCUCUCCUCCAGCCCACAGUGAUUCUCGCUACUCGAAAUGGUUUAGCAAAUUGAAGCGAAGAAAGUCAAAUCAGCCCCAACCGGAGAAGCCGCAACACGAGCCGGAAUCAUUGCAAAACAAACCGCCCAAUCAAGCGUCUGGUGCUAUUCCAGAAACCAUCUUCUAUUAUCAAAAUGGGUCUCCCUACAAUAAACCAUCUGCCACCCAAAAUCAACCAGGAAAUGGCCAAUCUCCAACCUUUUUACGUCAGCCCCAAAUUGCAAAUGGCCCAUCACAGCCAGCUCCUGCCAGACCAGCAAACAUCCAACCGCAAUCAGCCCCACCAACGCACCCAGGAGUUUUCAGUUCUCAGAUCAACUUUGAUUCUCGAGAUAAUUUCCCUCAUUCUGUCACUGAAGUCCUAGAACAGCCUCCACCUUCCGGCAACUUGUACUCGAAAUUGAUUAAAAAAAUGAAGCGAAACAAAACUCAAAAACCUGAGCCAGUAAAGGUCGUCAGCCAAGCGGAACCGAUUUUCAGCCCAAUUCAAACAGAAAACAUCCCGCCAUCAGAUCAAGCACCUUACCGACCACUCCAAUCGCCUCCACAGCAGACUCCUCCGAGACCAGCAGCAGCUAACAUCGUAAAACCGCAAUCAACCGCAACAAAUCUGCCGUCAGAUCCAGCACUUUACCGGCGUCCCCAAUUGCCAUCGCAGCUAUUCCCUCCAGGACCAGCCAACAACGUUAAACCGCAACCAACAGCAUCGCCAGUACCUCACAGCUCGCAUCAUCAGGCUCCUAACAAACCGGCACCGGCUCGCCCAGAAGCGGCUACUCCUCCGGCAGGCAACUCUCUAACAAAACGGCCUCCUGCGACUGGUGAGAAGCAGCCUCAUCCUCUGUUUCCGGAGAGCGAAACUUUCUUUUCGUCAGCCAAUAGGCCCGACUUUGGCCCAACACCGUUUCAAAAGCAAACAGAAAAUAAAGGAACCAACGAAAGUUCCGAUGGAUUCUUCGAAUUCGGCAUUUUCCCAAACGCGAAUGAUUUUUUCGAACAAAAUUUUGCAGGUUAACAAGUUAUUGUUCCAUUUCGUUAUUAUGAUGGCUUCAAAGUUGCUCUAAAAAAGUGACAUGUAAGCUAAUUGUUCUAUACCUGUAUGGUGUAUAGCUCUUUACCUUCAGUAUGAUACUGCGCACAAAUUUCACGAUUUAAUUCAAAGCACCAAAGUAUUGUUAAUCAACCUGCCCCUCGACUAUCGCCAUUAUUUAAAGUGUGAUCACUUGUUAUGUUAAACCUCAUCUUGUACGGUUCAAUACACAUAAAACCAAUU